AGUUGAAGCUCGCCGGCGUGACCUUCAAGCACUUGAGACCAGCUUUAUGAAUGCGGCCUCGAUUUCCCAUUUCGCGUCGGACUGACAAAUAACAAUGCCAAAUUCUGAGCAAGAUGGCCCUCUGGUCAAGCGCCAAAAGGUCGACGCCGCCGCCCGGCCAAAAUUGUCGAGCCAGAAGUCGAACAUAUUUGCUCCCUAUCGGACUAUAGGACUUGUGUCUCCCACAAAUGUACCAUUUACCUCGAUUCCUCUUGGAAAGACGUCAUUCCAGGUAACCACGUCUUUGGGCCGGUCCUUGCAGACCUACGAUCUGAAGCGGGGACUUAACCUUGUCUUCAUGACACGACCGCAAACCCCGUUCGAUAUUACCGCAACUUGUGCGUGGAAAAAGCAAGUCUUCGCGGCUUGGGGCGACAGCUGCAAUGGGGAAUCUCAAGGUUUAUGGGCCUUUGAGCGCGGAAAGAAGGUUGCCGAAAUGGAACUGCCUCUUGAUCUUCAGGAGCCAAUAAAGCAAAUUCUGGUAUUCGGUUCAUGGAUCAUAGGUUGCUGCUCGACUAGGAUAGAAGUAUGGAGGAGCGAAACGCUCGAGCACUAUACGACGCUACUCACGAUGGCGACGAAGAAGGGCGACAACGAGCUCACGGGGGGCAUUUGCACCAUGCCAACUUACCUCAACAAGGUUUUCGCUGGCCGUCGCGAUGGAUGGGUUGAGAUCUGGAACGUAUCUACGGCGAAGCUUAUUUACACCAUCUUGCCUCCGACCCCGAACGCUGGCGCCGUUACGUGUCUCCAGCCGGCACCCGCUCUUUCGCUACUGGCAAUAUCAUACUCGAAGGGUCCCCUGGUUAUUCAAAACGUACUAACAGACAGGACCGUUUUGCAAGUUACCGCCAGUACCGAAGAUGCGCCCGUGACGUCAAUUACCUUUCGUAAAGAUGGACAGGGAGCCGGUCAGGAUGGGCGAAAAGACGGUGUAAUGGCCACGGCAACAGUUGCGAGCGGUGAUGUCACAUUCUGGGAUCUUAAUGAUGGAGGGAGGAUCACGGGCAUCCUCAGAAGUGCACAUAAUCCGCCGAUGGGUGACGGUGCUUCAGUUCGUGGGGGCGUGAGCAAAAUCGAGUUUCUGGCUGGACAAUCCGUUAUUGUCACAAGUGGACGAGACAACUCGCUGAAAACUUGGGUUUUCGACGAGACUCCGUUCUCCGCAAUCCCCCGUUCUCUACAUACGCGAAGUGGACACGCUGCUCCAGUUACCUCUCUGCACUUCCUCCCGUCAGAUUUUGAUGGUGCAGAUUCCGGGAACAAGUGGCUCCUGAGUGGUGGCCGGGAUCGAAGCCUAUGGGGCUGGAGUCUUCGUCGUGAUGGACAAAGUACUGAGCUUAGCCAGGGCAGCAUACGGAAGAAGGCCAAGAAGUUUGGUAUGCUCGCCAAUGACACACUGCGGCGCGGGCCGACCACGACGCUGGAUGACUUAAAAGCACCUGAAAUCACAUGCAUAGCGUGUUCACUUAACCGAGAUGGCGGCAUGGGUGCGAUGCCUGGUAAACAGGCACAGUGGCAGAAGUCGCAGGACCGAAAGAAGUCAAACGAUGCGGAAGUCAGUGGCAUUACCGGCUGGGAAAGUGUUGUCACCGGGCAUAAGGAUGAUUCGUUUGCUCGUACAUGGUUUUGGGGCCGAAAGAGAGCUGGCAGGUGGGCAUUCCAGACCGGUGAUGGUGCCAAUGUGUCUACUGUUGCAAUGAGUUCGUGCGGCACGUUUGCUGUUGUCGGCUCUGUUGACGGUAGCAUUGAUAUGUUCAACCUCCAAUCUGGAAUUCACCGACAACGGUUUCCAUCGAAAGUCACUCCAGCUCAAGCACGGCAAGCCAAGUUGCAGCAAUUGAGGCAGGCGGACAGCAUCAUCCAACUGGAGGCUCGCUCCACAACUAAUUUCGGCCCAGGAGUAGGAAAACACACCAAAGCUGUCACUGGGAUAGUGGUCGAUUCUAUGAACAAGUACAUUAUUAGCUGUUCCUCGGACGGCAAAAUCAAAUUCUGGGAAUUUCUCACCGGUCGUUUGUUAGAAGAGAUUAACUGGGCUCCCAUGACGACAAUAACAGGCUGCCGAUACCACGCUGCCAGUGAUCUGGUUGCGUUUUCCUGCGAUGACGGUUCAAUACGCGUAGUCGAUAUUGAGACAAAACAAACGAUUCGAGAGUUCUGGGGCUGCGAAGGCAAGAUUAACGAUUUCACGUUUUCCAACGAUGGGCGGUGGAUUGUAGCAGCAGCCCAAGACGGAAUAAUACGUGUUUGGGAUCUUCCGACGAGCCAUCUGAUAGAUGCAAUCCGCCUGGAGCAGCCUUGCACUGCUUUGACCUUCUCGGUGACGGGGGAGUACCUCGCGGCUGCAAGUGAGGGCCAGCUGGGUGUCAACAUCUGGACAAACAAGACCCUCUUCACUCACGUGCCGACGAGGCAAAUAUCUGCAAAGGAGAUUGGAGAGUUAUCUGGACCAACAAGUUCUGGUGAAGGUGGUCAAGGUCUCAUCGAAGCCGCCUUUGAAGACGAUGCUACAUCUGAUAUCGAAGAUUAUGUGGCUGCGCCUAUCCUGGAUCAGCUAAGCACCGACAUGAUGACCUUGAGUUUGGUUCCGCGCAGCAAGUGGCAAACACUGUUGCAUCUCGAACUCAUCAAGCAAAGAAACAAGCCGAAGGAAGCCCCGAAAGCGCCAGAAAAGGCACCGUUCUUUCUCCCGUCAACCAACGGGACACCUUCGCUCCACCCAGAUGAAAGCAACAAGGCGGCAGCAGAAGUGAGUCUGGGUCUUUCGAGGAUCACGAAACUCGACCUGAAGAACAUGCAAGAGGAAUUCUCAAGCAAAUUACGCGAUGCUGCCAUGACCGGAAACUACGACUCCUUCAUCGAGAACCUCAAAUCACUGUCGCCAUCCGGCGCUGAUCUAGAACUGCGCUCGCUAAAUGUUGGCGAAGGCGAUGAGGUCUCAAAUGAAUUGCUUCACUUCAUCCGGGCCAUGACGAGCCGCUUAGUGGCCCGUCGCGACUACGAGCUUACUCAGGCGUGGAUGACGGUUUUCCUGCGACUGCAUUUUGACAUGAUUAUAGAGAGCGAUACCCUGAUGGCUGCGUUGAGAGAUUGGAAGAAACACCAGAUUAAGGAGUGUGAUAGGUUAGACAACCUUGUGGGUUACUGCGGCGGUGUGGUUGGCUUCAUCAGAAGCCCCAGGACUUAACUGUAAUCCCGGCGUGUAUUAAUUACAGUUUGCUGUAGAGGGAAUUCUAAAGGUCGAAUUCAUUGAGCUCGUGUUGCGUGUUGUAUAUCAUCUUAAUUAUUUUAAGGAUUGUGAACUCUCGUAACGUGCUCAUACCGUGCAACGAAGCCAACUUGUUGCAUCCGACCCAUCAUGGGUGGCAGGGGUCAGACGGGUGUGGGAACCUCUGACUCGUCUAGCAUUUGCAGAUUGCCACUUCCUCGCACAGUAGUCGUAUUACUAAAUAGAUUUUGGUUCAUAGUGUACCUUCUAGACGUAAAGAGUGUAGAGGUUAAGGGCAAUAUCGUCGCAAUUGGCCUAGUCUACUCUACGAGUACGAUCUAUCUAUAAAG